CUGAACUACUGAACUACUGAACUGCUGAACUGAACUACUGAACUGAACUACUGAACUGAACUACUGAACUACUGAACUGAACUAAUGAACUACUGAACUGAACUACUGAACUGAACUACUGAACUGAGUUUGGUUUGUUCAUUUUGCAUCAGCUGCUUUGUGAAGUGUGUAACUGACUUGUUUCCAUGGAAACCAGUGGUUGGUCUUCAUGAACUCCAGUCCAGAAUGAGGCCUGUUACUGGUGUUACUGGGAAUGCCAGUAAAGUCUUAACUCCCAUCUUCCUCCCAGUAUGAAUGAGCUGGAACAGAACCUUCUGGUUCCCUCAGGAUGAUGGUUCUGGUUGGAUACAUUGGGAGAAUCCCAGUCCUCCCAGUAUGGAAGCGGAGCACCAGGCAGGACCGUUUGGACCCAAGAAGCUUCAGAGCUGCUCUAUGAUGUUGCUUCAUGUUUGGUUUCAUUACCAAAAACCACAGAACAAGAGAUGUGUGGGCGGGGCCAUCGAUGGGCGGGGCCAUUGGUGGGCGGAGUCAUCGGUGGGCGGAGCGCUGGCUCCUCUCAGAAGGAGCAGACCGAGGAGCAGCUCCUCAGUCCUCUCUGUUACAUCAAAGAUCAUCUACGACCAGACAGAGUUCUCACUCUCAGAAGAACAGAGAAGAUGUCAGGUGUGACUCCGUCAACUGAUUGCUUGUCAGAUUCUUCAACCACCAGGGGUCAGAGGUCACCAGGCUUCAGGGUGAAGUUCGGCGCUGAAGCUCACUGGUCGGCCUCUGAUGAAUCUGGUCUCCUCAGGCGGCCUCACAGAUUGGACGACGCCAGCUGUCUGUCACUCGGCUCCGCCUACAGCCCUCCACCUGUUUACUCCUUAUAUGGGCAUCCUGGUCUGGCUCCGCCCCCUGCCUUCCUGUGCCCCUCCCCACCUGAAUGGGACCUGCUCAGUCCUUCCUCGUCUCCGGCCUGCAGUGAGCCAGAGCGCCGUCAGUGUUUCAGCUGUGGGACCCACAGCGCCCUCCUGUGGAGGAGGGAGGCAGCAGGAACGCACCUGUGUUCCACCUGCAGCGUCCGACAGCAGAACCUGCCGCUGCUGCGGCCCAAGAGGAGAGCGGUGAGGUCACACCAACUGGUUACUGUAGAAACAGAUCCAACUGGGGGCGGAUCCAGAGCCUGUUGCUGGAAUUGUGACAAGGUUCUUAGAACCAUAGAACUGGGUCAGAACCGGGUCAAAACCAACCCAGUGAAAAGCUGCUGCUUCAUCCAGACUGGAGGAAAUUCAGCCCUCCUGCUGUCCAGCUUCCAGCCAGCAGGAGGCGCUGUGUUCAGGCGUUCUCAGCGUUCCGUCUCUCUCUGCUUCCAGGCGGCGGCCAGGAAAGGAACUCAGUGCUCCAACUGCGGGACGGGAACCACGUCUUUGUGGAGGAGAAACGCUGCAGGAGACGUCGUCUGCAACGCCUGUGGCCUCUACUACAAACUUCACCAGGUGCAUCGGCCCCUGGCACUGAGGAAGGACAGGAUCCAGACCAGGAAGAGACGAUCGGCCAAUCAGAGGCCAGGCAGGAAGGGAGCUGACCAAUCAGGGCCCUGGGCUGGCCUGCUGUGGUGAACCGGACCGGUUCUGUGACCCGGUUCCUCUGAGGACGAGGAUGAUGUGGAAUAAAGCAUGUGAAGCUGG